AUGGGAGUGCUUCAACACAAUCAGCUCGCGACAAUUGCUUGUCCUGGUUCAAAGAUCACAUGGUUUAGACGAGGAGGUAAUGAGCGUCGGCAGAAGCGUCACAAUUCGCGUCAUGAACCCGAAUUCGACUGCGUCUACACUUUGUUGAGAUUCGCGUCUUCGGCCCACCCCACCGGCGACAAUAUUCAUCAAACCGGCACCAGCUACAGCUCCAACAAUGCGGGCGAUGGGCCUGAAAAGACUCGUGACCGUAAAAGCUGGUUUCCACGUUUCAAAUCAAACUGGCUAGGCACUUUUCGAUCCAAGCAAAUGUUUCUAUGUUGUGAAUGCGCCGUGCCACCUAGUAGCGGGAACAGGCUUCCGAGCCAGACUAGCCGCUACAAAGGUGCCGAGGGAAAGCAUUGCCGCUGCGGCAAAGACCAAUGGCACCUUGCCAAAUCUGUUGAAGAGACCGAAUACAAUCGUCGGAUGGCGAUUAGUAAAGCUCUGGGCGGUAUGCGCUAUGACGAGGCUGUGCAGCGUCUGCGAAACAAAGGCCAAUCCGAGCUCGAUUUUAACGUGUCGGAGUUUAUCAAUACUUCAUCACUCUCUCCAUCACAAAACACCGAAAUACUUGCAAUGUCAUCGUCUUCGUCGAGCUCACAUAAGCGUGCUCGCAGCGGUUCACUUUCUACUCGAAUUUAUGCUGCAUCACAUGUCAACAAGUGCGACUUAUCCACUCUGCCCUUAACGACAUCCCACGUUUAUGAACACGCGAAACCCUUGAAGGAUUACGUCGCGUACAAUUCAGUAUAUAGCAAUAAUGUCAUCGAGGAUAUGCAUCCCCAGCAACACCCUCCGGAGUACGAGCAUCUUCCCCCUGCAUCUUUCGGUGACGAAGAGUCAUUUGGAGACCUUCUUCAAGGCAUCCUAGAGGAUGAUUCUCGAGGUGCCGAGACCACAAACAUGGAUUUUAACUCGAAUCAGACGAGUGGAUGUGGUGGAGCUCGGAUUGGCUAUGCCACCGAACCUUCACAAGCACAUUUCAGUGUGGCUUCCUUAAAGCGUACAGUUAGUAUGCCAGCCUAUGCCGCAAUCCCUUCUUUUAUAGCCUCGCCACCGUGCGCAUUACAGGAUAACAGUCAUCCGAGUCGCAGGGCUGGUUUGAAUCAUGCGCCUGCUUUCUUAAACUAUUCCUUCCAUGCGCUACAGCAGCAGCCAAUGUUUCAGCAUCAACCUCCAAAUCAAUUACAACGGCGAAAUAAAACCCAGGAGCAAGUCUACACGAGACCACUUUCGAUGACGCCAAGUGCUAUCGCAACCACUACUUCAACGUCAUUUUCUACAUAA